AUGACUGUUGAGACUGCUCUUGAACAUGCCAGACGCGCAUUCGCCCUCAAAAAGUACGAGCAAGCAGUUGAGCACUAUGCUACUGCCCUGGAACUUCAAACAAAGAGGCAUGGCGAGGAUGCGCCAGAAACAGCUAAUCUUUACUUCUCGUAUGGAAAGGCGCUGCUAGAAAACGCGAUAUCACAGGCGUCAGUGUUGGGUAAAGAACAACCCGAGAACGGAGAUGAAGCAGAAGAGAAACCCUCAGUCAACGGAAAGGGUCCUAUUCUAUCCUUUUCCGGGGAUGCGGAUGAAGGCGUAGACCUUUUUGGUCAAGCCGCAAUUGCAGAAGAAGAAGAAGAGGGUGAGGAAGAGAAUGGGGAAGGGGAAGGGGAGGAUGGAGAGCCAGAAGAUGACUUCAAUGCCGCAUGGGAAGUCUUGGAGCUUGCGCGUGCAAUUUACGAGAAAGGCAAGGAUGAAGACGACGAAAUCAAAAUGAAGCUGGCUGAGACAUAUAUUGCCCUCGGAGAUGUAUCUCUCGAGACGGAGAAAUUCGACCAAGCUAUCACCGACUACUCAGAAGGACUUGCACUCAAGAUCGAUCUUCUCCCGAUUUCAUCGCGUCAAAUUGCUGAAGCACACUAUAAGCUCAGUAUAGUGCUUGACCUAACAUCUGGACGCCUUUCGGAUGCUAUUUUGCACGCGGAGAAAGCUCUGGCAAGCGUCGAUGCUCGCCUAGCCGAACUGCGUGACGGAAUCGACGGAAAGCUGUUCCCUGCCCCCAGUCAGGAAACCAAGGCGGAUAAAAAGGGCAAGGGCAAGGGCAAGGGCAAGGCCGUCGGCUCGGGGGUGCAUGCAGAUAGCGUGCGGAAUCUGACCAAGAGUCAGAUGGAAGCCGAAAUUAAAGAGUGUGAAGGAUUACAGGAAGACCUCGCUCUAAAAGUGGAGGAACUUAAAACAACUCCCAGUGAACCAACAGAGUCUGCUCCUGCAAUGGUUGCAAGAGCGCUAGAUGCGGAAUUGAAUGCCAAGCCAGUAUCUGUCCCCGGCCAACCAGCAGUGGUUAAUGAUUUGACAUCGUUGGUUGUGAAGAAGAAGAAGAAGGCUACCGAAGCAGAUGCACCGGCUAAACGCAGAGCAGACGACGGAGAUGGUGAUGCCAGCCCUACUGCCAAGAAGGCAAAAUUGGAAGAGGAUGUACAAUCAUGA